UCAACAUUCCAAAUUCAUGGGAGUGAAACCAAACCAAAGUCAGAGCCAGACGAGACUACAAAAUUGCAGCUUCCAUUUUCCCCAAAUCACCAAUUUCACCAAUCCACCAUUGUCUACAAAUCCACUCAUUCGAAACCAAUAAAGAAACCCCAUUUUCCCACGUCUUCUCCUUCCUCUGACCUUCUUCGUUUCUCGGCUCUCUUCCUCUCCAAGAAACUCACACACCCUCUGAACCAGUCAACCACACAAUGAUACAUAAGCAGCCCAUUUUGAACUGCGUUCUGACCAUCGAUUGAGCAUUUGGUGCUUAUCCUUAUUAGCUUCAAACCAAAGCAAGGAGAAUAAACAAUUAUAUUUCUAGAUCGGCUUGCGCAGCCAUGGUACUGCCGCUCCUGAAGCUUGGGACUUUGCUCCUAAAAACUCUGAGCAAACCCGUAGCCGCCAGGCUCAAACAGCAAGCUGGGUUGCACCCAAGGUUCCGCCAGAUCAUCGUCAGCAUGGCACAGGCAAACCAUCAAAUCACCACAAGAAUGCAAAGACGGCUCUAUAGUCAUGCAACUGAUGUUGAGAUUCGCCCUUUGAAUGAGGAGAAGGCUGUGCAGGCUGCUGUGGACCUUAUUGGGGAGCUCUUUGUUUUCUCGGUUGCAGUAGCUGUUUUGAUCUUUGAAGUGCAAAGAAAUUCUAGAUCAGAAGCCAGAAAGGAGGAAUUACGCAAGCAAGAACUGGAGACAAUGAAGCAAAGAGAUGAAGCCUUAUCAAGAGAAGUAGUACUUCUUAGGGCAAAAUUUGAAGAACUGGAGAAGCUUGCGAAGGGACGAGGACUUAGUGGCAUCAUCAACUUCAAGCGUGCUGAAACAGAAGGUGCAAAGACAGAAAAACCAGCCUGAUCAGUUCACAAGAUUCAUAAAAUAAAUUUGGUUUUCAACCCAAUUUUAAUUCAUAGAAUGCUUCCCUCUUCACAGAGGGAAAAAUUUUCCCCCUUAAUUCUUUUAACCAAGGGUCAUAAUUUCAGAUUGGUGACCGGCUUCACUGUUUCCAAAUGUAGAUUAAUAUAACUGAAUAAAAUUUUGAGGCUCUGUUUGAUUUGUAUAAA